AGAUCACUUGUGAUCAACCACGUCUCUUUUAUUAUCACCCAUAAGAAAAUUUCAUUGGACUUGAAUUGAGUUAGGGUUUGAUAUUGUAGCAUUCUUUUUGGUGAGAAUCAAUGGGAUCGUGUCUCUCAGGAGCUUCUUCAGCUCAUUCUCCUCAUAAUGAUUCUUCUACUUCUUCAUCUCGUAACUAUUCUCGUGAUUCGAGUGCGGAAAUGCGGUUGCAUAGAGUUCCUGGAAGAGUUUUCUUGAAUGGUUCAUCUCCUUUUGCAUCGUUGUUUUGUAGACAAGGUGCAAAGGGUGUAAAUCAGGAUGCAAUGCUUCUUUGGGAGACGUUUGGUGCUAUGGAGGAUACUGUAUUUUGCGGCGUGUUUGAUGGACAUGGACCACACGGACACGUGGUUGCGAAGAAAGUUAGAGAUUGUUUUCCUUUAAAGAUAAUGGAGGAAUGGAUUUCGCGUCGCCGUGACGAUGAUAAUGAUGGUAAAACUAAUAACAAUAACAAGGAUGAUAUUUUGAAGAUGAUGAGAGAAUUGUUUUUGAUGGCGUCUAAGUUUGUGGACAAAGAACUCAAACUUCAUUAUGCCAUGGAAUCUUAUGGAAGUGGGACUACAGCUGUUACGUUGAUCAAGAAGGGCCAAGAACUAGUAAUUGCAAAUGUUGGAGACUCUAGAGCUGUUUUAGCAACCCUAGAUUCAAAUGGUUCUCUUAAAGCACAUCAGUUAACAACCGAUCUCAAGCCAAAUCUUCCGAGGGAAUUAGAAAGAAUAAGAAUUUGCAAAGGAAGGGUUUUCGCUCUCAACUCUGAAUCAGAUGUUGCUAGACUUUGGCUACCGAAAGUCGAUUCCCCCGGCCUUGCCAUGUCUCGUGCUUUCGGCGACUUUUGCCUCAAGAACUUUGGACUCAUAUCUGUCCCUGAAGUUGCCUAUCAUCGCCUCAAUAACGAAGACCAGUUUGUUGUCUUGGCCACAGAUGGAAUUUGGGAUGUUUUGUCUAACAAAGAAGUUGUCAACAUUGUGGCAUCUACUCCACGAGCUUCUGCGGCUAAACAACUUGUUGAAUCGGCUGUUCAAGCAUGGAAGACCAAGCUUUCAACUUCUAAGCUUGAUGAUUGUUCUGCAGUUUGUCUCUUCUUUCAUUCAAACACCAACGUUGUGGGAGAGAAAGGGACAAAAGAAUCACGUGGAAAAUCUAAACAAAAGCAUCAAUAGCAUAUGAUAUUCAUCUCUCAAUUUUCACUCUUUUUUUUUACUAAGAGGGUUGGGAGUUUUAGUUUUGUUGGUUUCUUUUUUAAUAGUCAUUUCAUCAUUAGUUUUUUU